AGAGGCGUCUACGCUCUUGCUACGGUGACCACUGCUGUUUUUCGGUGUUGUGUGACGGGUCUGCGAACCUUGAACGCGCAUUCAUACUUCGUCCUCCUUCGCAGUCGCUAUUGGCUCUCCUUAGCUGUUUUGACGUUCUUUCCUAGAGUAGUUCUCCGCUCUGAAAGUCAGCCUCUCUCAUCCUCAUUGGUCGCUGUUUCGCUAUCGGUCGCGUAUUGUUUGUCAUUAACGCUUCGGCUAUGCACAGCUAAGUUUAGCUGGUUGGCUUGUUAGUUAUUACGUUACGUUGGUUACAAACAAGUACUACGUCGCCGUGUCAAUCGGUCCCUGUUGGCUUACUUAGGUUGAACUCAACUCGACGGUUAUUUGUUGUCGUCGCUUUGUAUAUUAUUGCUGCGAUAGGGUGACGCCGCUGAGGGUGCAUUUAACUAUUGCACACUCGGUCUAUUGAUGGCAAUUUGUUUCCGCCAACACACGACGCUCGGUUAAUCGUCGAGAGGUGGUUCACGCGACAAGAGUGAGUGCGGUCAAUGGGAGUUAAUUUUUGGUAGGCGUCGAGGGAGGAGCAGAAGCGAGUGAUUGGCAGAAAGGUGGUCACUUCGUUGCCAUUUGGUCUUGCUUCUCAGUGACUUCGGUUAUAAGGCAGACCGAUUCUAGCAGAAGUAGCAAACACAGGUUGCUUCAUACACUAUACGUGUUCUGCUUGCAAACGUUUGAGGUGUAGAAUGCAGUGAAAUCUAUUAUAAACUUUUACGUGUUGUCCACUAGUUGUGCUAAGUAAUAGAAACGUCAUUGAACGAAGAACAAAUCAACGAACGGAACAUUGGUGAUUUGCGGGUAAUUUGCCGUAAAUAUAUCUGUUGUGUGUAUCUGCACGCUAAUGAAGAUAAAAGAAGGCUUGUAGUAGUGGCAAAAUAGAGCCAUAUAUAAACGCAGAUGCAGUAAGAACUAACAAGUGAAAAGUGACGAAAGCCGCACAUACAUAAAGAAAGUCCCUCACGCUUCGACAGAAAGAUACAAAAGAUGAGUGACGCAACAGAGGCUAUGCCCGCUACAAAGCUUGUUCAAGCGUUAGAAGCCACUGAUGACUCGACCGGAAACACGGCUGCUACAUCGAUUACAAAUGGAAACUCAAUUAAGGUAACUGACGAAGGUAAAUCUGUCGCUUUGGCUACCACAAAGCAUGUUCUGACAGCCGAUCAACCGAAGGAGGCUGCACAAGCACAUAUCGAAAAAGCAAAACCAGUUGCCAGUUUGGCUGGCGGGACAACUUCCGAAGCAACAGAGGUGUUCACGGCAAACAUGAAGAUCCGAGAAGGCGAAACUGAGGUGCAGGAGGUGUCGAUAGAGAUCAGGGCCGAACAACUGGAGGUGUCGGAGCAAACGGGGCCUGUGGCCGAGGAAACCGUAGGGUACAAAGAAGGCAAUGAUGAUAUUUGUGCAAUUGUUGAACUAGUACUGGAUCAGCAAAAGAAGAAUGCUGAGAACGCGGGUUCUGCUGAGCUAAGAAAGCGGGAGACGGCCACAGCAGCGAAAAAAGAGGCGCUUCAAGAACCGUGCAACUUCAGAAUUGUCGUCAGCGACAUCGACGAUGUGAACACCCGGGCGAACGCUGAACGGAUUCAAAAUGUCGAGAACUGUUUCGGAUCGUCGGGACAGUCUUUACGAGCGCCUGGCCGUGUCCUCGUCGGAGAAGGUGUACUCACCAAAAUGUGCCGCAAGAAGCCGAAGCCCCGACAAGUGUUCUUAUUCAAUGACAUCCUGGUUUAUGGAAACAUUCUUAUACCCAAGAAGAAAUAUAUCAAGCAGCAUAUAAUUCCUUUGGAAAAAGUUUGUUUAGAGAAUAUUGAGGAAAGUGCUGACAUGUGUCAUGGCUGGGUUGUCCGAACUCCAACGAAAUCAUUCGUCGUCUUCGCCGCAUCAAGGACCGAAAAACAGCAAUGGAUGACCCACAUUACUACCUGUAUUAAUGAGCUGCUCAAAAAGACCGGGAAGCAUCCGUCAAAAGAACAUGCUGCCGUUUGGGUGCCCGAUUCAGAUGCUGGAAAAUGCAUGGUCUGCAAAGAAACGAAAUUCACGUUGCUCAACCGUAGGCAUCAUUGUCGCAAGUGUGGUUGUGUCGUUUGCGGCAACUGCUCGCAACAUAAGUUUAUGCUGCCAGCUCAGUCUUCGAAACCGCUGCGAGUGUGCGAUAGUUGCUUCGACAUAUUAUCUAUGGGCAAGGGCGACUUUGCCGAUAUCGAUCUAUCCUCUGUACCGAAUGCGCAGGAUUCGAGGCAGCCCACAAAGAACGAACUGAGAGCUGCGGCUAAAGAACAGUUGAGUUCCUCUCGGGAUGAUACCACCGACGAUUCAGAUGACGACGAAGAUGAUGUCCCAAAUCAAUGCACCGAGCAGGUCCAACUCAAAGAAGAGAAGUGGAUCUUUCAGCCGACUUUUUACUCUGGCGACGAUGCGAACAAGGACGCACCGACUGAGAAAGACCAGUCGACUACGGUCCGGAACGCCGCCAAAAAGGACGACACCUGUUACGUGGCUCAAGAGAAAUUUGACUCAAUGAAGAUCACUACGGAACAGAGCGGAAAGACCAACUAAAAAUUGAAUCUAACCUCGAAGUAACAUCUUGGAUGUGUUUCGUCGUCGUUGUUAGGUACGCAACAACUAUUAAAAAGAAAAACCCAUUUGGGUGUUAAGCUAUGGAUUCUUCACGUGCACAAACGUGCUGCAACAGAAGUAAACCGCGCUUAGGUACUAUAAGUACGUCGGAUUGCCACUUCGUCAAUUGCAAAGCUGAAUAUGAAAUGAUUAAUGGGGUGCGGGUAUGCAAGGAACGAGAAGUCCUACAGAAAGAGAAUGAUUUAAAGACAAAGAAAUGAGGCAGUUUUAAGAAGAAUGCUAAUGCCGAACCCACUCUAGAGUGAAUAGGUCAAUAAAUUAAAGAUUUGUAAAGUUGAGUUUCUAAGGAGCGCGGGGCAGCCGUGCUGCCGGCCAGCAUCCAGGCUCUAGAUGAAGAGGUGAAAUGUAGGAUACAGAGAGAGCAAAUUAAGUAUAAUGGCUUCAAGUAAUAAAAGGCAUAUGACAAUGUCCGGAAGAAAAAGCUUGUGCUUUGAUUUGAGCACAGGAAUCACUGACCGGUAGUGAUAAAAUAACAGAUAAGAAUAAUAGAUCGUUAAGACCAAAUAGUGCAGCAAGAUGAUGUACGGUAUUUUAAGCGGACGGAAGAUAACUUCAACUAAUAGCACCUCUAAACGAAGUAGUUUCACGAAGUGUAUGCAUGUGUGUAGUCUGAUUUAUUGUGUGAGUUUUUCAUUAUUGGCAAUGCCUCGGCCAGCCAUUGGCAAAAACGGGGAAAGUCAAGUAUUUUGUACAACCACGAGGUGGUGUGAAAAUCGAUUCAUAUCGACGCUGAUAUAUAAGUAUUUUCACGACACGUCGUGUGGUCAUCGGUAGGUUACGGAAAAUUAAUGACAAUGGUAUAUUUGUUUCAGAGAUAAGCGAGACCUCAGGGGUGGUAUGAAAGCAUUGAACAAUGAAGAAAAAUAACCACAGUACCCUCAGAAAUCGCAAAAAAUCCUAUAUAUACAUAUACGCAUAUAUUGAAUUAAUGUUUUCUGAUUUAUGUUAAGCAGGUGCAAUGUUAUGUGUGAAACUAGGACGAGGCAGAUAUUUAAACGAAGUCAAUCAGAAGGAUUAUGGAAACCUCAAAGAAAUGAGAAAAACAACAAAGCAAAAACAAACAUACGAGCCACCAUUAUUUUUGACAUUAUUCUCACUAUUAAAUGGUCGUGCAGGAAUUAGAAUUGCUUUGUUUUUACGCAGGCAGAUUUAUAUAGCCUUGCGCCGAUCAUUUAUUAAUUAAAUAAAGAAAACUAAUUAAGCAUAUAUAUUAUAAUAGCGACAGCCGAAGGCAAGGGUAAACAAUCACUACAAAACACCAGUGCAUUCCAAAAUAGCGGGGAAGGAAAGGAAAAGUAUUUGGAUAUCAUUAUAUAUUAUAUACAAAAUAUAUAGAAAAAGAGAAGUCCCAAAAACAUAAGUGUAUGCAUAAAGAUAUAGAAUAAAUUAAUGCUUUUAUACCUUUGUAUAAA